AUGGCAGCAGCACGGCACAGCACGCUCGACUUCAUGCUUGGCGCCAAAGCUGAUGGUGAGACCAUUCUUAAAGGCCUCCAGUCCAUCUUCCAGGAGCAGGGGAUGGCAGAGUCGGUGCACACCUGGCAGGAACAUGGCUACUUAGCAACUUACUCAAACAAAAAUGGCAGCUUUGCCAAUUUGAGAAUUUACCCACAUGGAUUGGUGUUGCUGGACCUUCAAAGUUACGACAGUGAUGCACAGGGCAAAGAAGAAAUUGACAGUCUUUUGAACAAAGUAGAAAAAAGAAUGAAAGAAUUGAGUCAAGAUAGUACUGGGCGGGUGAAGCGAUUACCACCCAUAGUUCGAGGAGGGGCCAUCGACAGAUACUGGCCCACUGCUGAUGGGUGCCUGGUUGAGUAUGAUAUAGAUGAAGUGAUGUAUGAUGAAGAUUCACCUUAUCAGAACAUUAAAAUUCUGCACUCGAAGCAAUUUGGAAAUAUUCUUAUCGUUAGUGGGGAUGUUAAUUUGGUGGAGAGUGAUUUGGCAUAUACCUGGGCCGUCAUGGGCAGUGGCAAAGAAGAUUACACUGGCAAGGAUGUACUGAUUCUUGGAGGUGGAGACGGGGGAAUAUUAUGUGAAAUAGUCAAACUGAAACCAAGGAUGGUCACUAUGGUAGAGAUUGACCAAAUGGUGAUUGAUGGAUGUAAAAAAUACAUGCAAAAAACUAGUGACGUCUUAGACAAUCUUAAGGGAGACUGCUGUCAGGUUCUCAUAGAAGACUGUAUUCCAGUACUGAAGAGGUACGCCAAAGAAGGGAGAGAGUUUGAUUAUGUGAUUAAUGAUUUGACAGCUGUUCCAAUCUCCAUGUCUCCGGAAGAAUAUUCCACAUGGGAGUUUCUCAGACUGAUUCUUGAUCUCUCAAUGAAAGUAUUGAAACAGGAUGGGAAAUACUUUACACAGGGGAACGGUGUCAAUUCGACAGAAGCCCUGUUGCUCUAUGAAGAACAGCUUGGGUGCCUGUAUUGUCCUGUGGAAUUUUCGAAGGAGAUCAUCUGUGUCCCUUCAUACUUGGAAUUGUGGGUAUUUUACACCGUUUGGAAGAAAGUGAAACCAUGAAGAUGAAUGUCCCCUAAUCAUGUGUGCUGCGAAUAGCCUU